CGUAUUUAUACAAAAGGGCGUCCUCCGUGGUAUAACCGAGAUGGCAAAAGAUCGAAAGAGGCAUAUCUUAUUGGUAUUUGCGGAGGGUCUGCUUCUGGAAAAACGACCGUCGCCAGAAGGAUCAUUGAAAUGCUUGAAAUACCGUGGGUUACAGCCCUUUCAAUGGAUUCUUUUUAUAAGGUUCUAACGGAAGAGCAGCAUGUUCUUGCGGGAAAAAAUGAGUACAAUUUUGACCAUCCUCAAGCAUUUGAUUUUGACUUGAUGAUUGAAACUAUUCGUCGCCUUCGUGAGGGAAAAAGCGUUGAGGUUCCUGUUUAUGAUUUUACAACCCAUCGUCGUGAUAAGCAACCGAAAUUAAUGUACGGUGCUGAUGUGAUUAUAUUUGAAGGUAUCCUAGCUUUUUACAACAAAGAACUUUGUGAUUUAAUGGACAUGAAGGUUUUUGUCGAAACAGAUGCGGAUAUAAGAUUAGCUAGAAGGCUGAAGCGUGAUAUUGAGGAAAGAGGUCGAGAUUUGGAGGGUGUUCUCCAACAGUAUCUGACGUCUGUAAAACCAGCGUUUGAUACCUUUAUUGCUGCCGGGAUGAAACUUGCUGAUAUAAUUGUACCCCGUGGAGGAGAAAAUGAAGUAGCAAUUGAUCUCAUUGUUAAACAAGUAAAGAGGCAGCUCGCUGCUAGAGGCUACGACUCAGUUUGUUCUCUAACAAUGAGAGCAGGAAUGGUUCAUAUGGAUUGUCCAUUUCAGCCUCCUCCGUCGCUUAAGAUAAUGGAACAGAAACCACAAGUCCGGGGGUUGCAUACUUUUAUUCGAAACCAAGAUACUCCAAGGAAUGAAUUUAUUUUUUACGCUGAUCGUCUUGCACGGUUGUUAAUUGAGUAUGCAAUGAAUUACAUGCCCUUUGAAGAUGUAGAAAUAACCACUGUGGAUAAUAAAAUAUUCAAUGGGAAGCGUACUACUGCAGAAAUAUGUGGUGUUGCUAUAAUGAGGGCUGGUGAGACCAUGGAGAACUCACUUUUAGCCGUCGUGAAGGAUUGUAAAAUAGGCAAAAUAAUGAUACAAACUAACGAGAAAACGAUGGAGCCUGAACUUUAUUAUUGUCGUUUGCCUCCGAACAUUCAGGAGUUUAAAGUAUUUUUGAUGGAUGCCACUGUAGCAACUGGUGCUGCAGCAAUGAUGGCUAUAAGAGUCCUUCUGGAUCAUGAUGUUUUGGAGGAAAAUAUCUUUCUUUUAUCGUUUUUGAUGGCGGAACCAGGUGUUCAUUCUUUAGGAUAUGCUUUUCCAAAGGUGACUUUGUUGACUACAGCAGUUGAUAAAAGCAUCAGUAAAAGCUUACACAUUAUUCCUGGAAUGGGCAAUUUUGGUGACAGGUACUAUGGUACUGAAAGCAAAGAUGAUGGCUAG